UUAGGUCUAUGUUGUCAUCAAACGGCUAAAAACUGUAAAGACAGAAAUCGCAAACAAGAAAUUCGAACGGUUUUAAGAGAAAAAUAAGUUGAUUAGAUUUUCUUCUUAAUAUUAUUCUUUAGUCACGCAAAACUCACUUGUUGACUCUUGAUGAGAUUUUCGGUUAAACUUGAAAUUGAUUAUUCUGAAUCUGAUAUCGUUACUCAAAAUAAAAUGAGAAAUCUCAACGAUUUUUUACUACCACACAAGGAGGCCGUUUGUAUAUGUGAAAUUGAUGGUAGGCCUUAUUACUCUGAAGAUUCUUAUGAUAAAAUCUCUAAUUUUACAUUGGCUGUCGAAACUCAUCCAGUUAUACACAUAACAAAUGACCUUAUACAUGCAGUUUCAUCUGGCGAGGAGGGUAGAUCUUUAUUUUUAUCAGUUGAUGUGCCAUUUUUGAAGCAGUUAACACAAGUAUAUUAUGAACAUGGUUUAAUAGAAGCACUACAUACUGCUUCCACUCACAGGCACAAAAUAAUAUCUAAUUUAGCCUAUGUGACUCUAAGUGUGUUUAAUAUCUACCAAAGAACCAGAUUAUUUUUAAAUCCAAGUCUACAAUAUAAAGGAAUCAAUACAAUACAUGAAUAUAGUCAAACACGCAACUGGGCAAGCCACUCUGUAAGAUGUCUUGCUUGGCAACCUUAUUCUUGUAUGAUAGCGGUUUGUACAGUAGAUGAUAGUGUGCGUAUCUACACAAGUGAUAAUACAAUUAAUUAUUUGUUGAGAUGCAAGCAACAAAAAAAUGUAACAUGUUUGGCUUGGAGGCCUCAUACAAAUGGAGAACUAGCAGUUGGACAUGAGGGAGGCAUUAUAGUAUGGAGUAUAGAUCCUCAUUCUUUGGUAGUAAGACCAUCAAUAAGUAAUGCCAUAAUUUUAUAUGAAAUGAAUCAUAAACCUGUGAUAAGCCUUACUUGGUCUCCUAGAGGAGACUUUUUAGUAAGUGCUGCUGCUUGUGAUAAAUCCAUAUAUGUGUGGAAUGUAGAACUCAAUAAAAAUAGUACAUUAAAAAAACCAGGUGGGUCAGGAAAUGUAAUUGUCAAGUGGUCUCCUUCUGGUGACAAGAUGUUUUCAUCCACUAAUGGAAUUGUUUUUAGAGUAUGGGAUUGCCAAACCUGGGAAUCUGAAAAAUGGAUGGUACUUGCAGGAAGAGUACAAACCGCAUGCUGGACUAACUGUGGUACCCACCUUCUAUUUGCUACAUCCACUGAACCACUGAUUUAUGCUUUACGAGUGAAAAGUGGUGUAGUCUUUACUUCCGAUAUUGAAUCUUCAAAUGAUCAAGCAAUUCCCUUGUUUGACCUAACUAAAAUUGAGCUUGAUGGUGUUUGUAUUGGAGGUUUGGUUCAAACAAUGGAAAUAGAUCCUAAGGGCAAUAAUUUGGCUGUGAUGUUCCAAAACACUGACGUCAUUGCUUUAUUCAACAUAGCUAGAAAACAUAACAUUGAGUUGAUUGCAAGUUCAUUGAUAACGCAAUGUGGUGCUUCACCAACAACAAUAGCUUUCCAACAAAACUUCGAACAAGGGGCAUGUUUGUCAAUCGGAUGGUCCAAUGGAAAAGUGCAGCAUUUCCCUAUAAUAUACACAGAUUUAUCAAACAGCUUGAAUAUGUCCAAUGUCAAUACCUCCAUGAAAACUUCACUAUCUUAUCAAACAUUUCAAAACCUUUAAUUUUCAAUAAACUUGUUUAACUGUU